UUCACCACUUUUGGUUUCUCUCUUGAGUGAAAAGAAAGACCUUUGAGCUUGAAGGGGCACCACCAAAGGCCAUAAUACAUUACCACCAUCUUAAGGAAUAUCCCAUUUGAUCCUUUUCUCUGUUACUACUACCAUUAUUCUAAUAUAUAUAAAUCUCUAUCCUUCACAUACUUUCAAUACUAAUAAUAAUAAUACUUCCCCUUACACCCUUCUCUCUCUCUGUAUCGUUCUAAAACAGACAAAUACUACUUCAAACAGACUUUGAUAUGCAAGUGGCGGCAGAACUUCAACACACCCAUCACCACCAAGACACUCCGAUGUGCCGCCAAAUCCAGCUCACCAUAACCGAUCACACAGUCUCGCACACCACUGCUGUUGCCGGGGAAGAUGUCUCCGACAAGCUUGACGGGGAGGAUCUCUUCGUUCCGCCUCUCAACUUCGCCAUGGUUGAUAAUGGCAUUUUCCGCUCUGGCUUCCCAGAACCUGCUAACUUCUCCUUCCUCCAAACCCUUGGCCUCCGCUCCAUCAUAUAUUUGUGUCCCGAACCGUAUCCGGAGGCCAACAUGGAGUUCCUCAAGUCAAAUGGGAUCAAGCUUUAUCAUUUUGGGAUCGAGGGUCAUAAGGAACCUUUUGUGAACAUCCCAGAGGACACAAUCCGUGAAGCGCUGAAAGUUGUCCUUGAUGUCAGGAAUCACCCAGUUAUAAUUCACUGUAAGAGGGGAAAGCACCGAACGGGUUGUUUGGUAGGAUGCUAUAGAAAGUUGCAGAAGUGGUGCUUGUCAUCUGUGUUUGAUGAGUAUCAGCGCUUUGCAGCUGCGAAAGCAAGAGUUUCAGAUCAGAGGUUUGUAGAGUUGUUUGAUAUUUCCAGCAUGAAACAUUUGCCUAUAACCUUUUCAUGUCUGAAGAGGUAACAGACCAAGUUAUGUAUGCUGAGUUGGGUUUACUUUCUUUAGUUGGUGAAAGUGAACUCCAUGUUCUUCCAUUAAAUAAAUAGGAAAAGGUGAUGAACUCCUUCAAAGCAUUGCAGCGGCAAAGGAUAAUUCUUCUUCUUCCAUUCAUAAAAUAAGCUAAGAAAAUUGUAGGCAUAGUAGAUCAUUACCUACCCAUAUAUGUAUCUGUUAUUAUAUAUAUCCUUCUUCCAUACUUGGCCCUUCGUCUACCUCACCAGUCACUCACCACCUUUUAUUAUUUUCUUUCUCUUUGCUUUAUGUUCCUUUUUCCUGCUCUACUAUUCAUCAACAAUGAGUGUAGAUAUGUCUUGAUUUUUUCUUGAGACUCGGAGAAAUUCAAGAAGGCUACAACAAUGCCUUGUUUGUCUGCCUAGGAUCUUGAUGGAUAGUAAAAGCAGAGAAAUUAUUGUAAUUUUGCUUUCCUUAUUGAUUUGAGAUAGUUCAGUUCUGUUC